AAUUAAUUUAACCCAGCUCUCCUACGCUGUAUCCCUGGGGAAAACGUGAUAAACCACAAAAAACAUGGUGGUCAUAUUGCAUAGCCAAGCAACAACCGUGCCCAUUGUCCUGGAAAUGCAGUGGACCCCCAUCUCCAGACCUCAGUCCCUAUAUGAGAACCAGAUGACAGAUGUGACACACGCCAUCGCAGGAGAUUCUAGCCUAAUUGAUGAAUCAUGUGACUUGGCCCACGUCAGACGUUUUUACUGGAGCGUCCCAUCAAGGCAGCAAAUUGCUGCAUUCCUGCCAGCUGCUCCAUAUCAGGCGAGUCAUCAGUGCCAACAGGACAAUUCUGGAAGACCUAAAGGGCUUUGCCAAUUUAUUUCUGGCUGCAUUUUCUCCAUCUUCUCCAAACAAGAGGGAUCACGCCGCAGGAGGCGUACUGGAAACGGAGUGAAUCGCAGCAGCCGUGAGCGCAGCAGACGAGGCAGUGCUCCGGUCCGUAUCGGGCGUGACGUCAGGCCGUGGGAGCCGCGCGGGGACCGGGAGCAGGUGUGUAGCGGCGCUGCCGUGCGCUUUCUUACCCACAGCCGUACCUCCACCGCUCCAGACGACAUGGGGAAGCUCCAAGAAUUUGAUAUCGCUUUUACCAACAACAAGGUGGUGUACAGUCCUGGAGAGUCCAUAUCGGGAACCGUGAAGAUCACAACUAGCCACCCUCUGCAAUGUAAAGCCGUCAAAGUGAGCUGUACAGGAGCCUGUGGGGUCUCCAGCAAGAUGAACGACACCUCGUGGGCGGUGGAGGAGCAGUACUUCAACAGCACACUGUCGGUGGCAGAUAAAGGUACGCUGACGCAGGGCUCUCACAGCUUUCCCUUCCAGUUCCUCAUUCCAGCUGCAGCCCCGACCUCUUACGAAGGGCCUUUCGGGAAAAUCGAGUACAAGAUGAAAGCCGUCAUAGACACGCCUCGCUUCUCCAAGGACUACAAGGCACAGAAGUCCUUCUACCUGCUGAAUCUCUUCAACCUGAAUGACGUGCCUGACAUUGAGAAGGCCAGCUCAGCCGUGACGACGAAGAAGUUCAACUACCACCUGGUGAAGACGGGGACACUGAUGCUGAAGGCGCGGACUGAUCUGCGGGGCUACACCCCCGGCCAGGUCAUCAAGCUGGCUGCUGAGAUACACAACAAGUCCGGCAAGGACACGGGCUGCGUGCUAGCCAGCCUCAUCCAGAAGGUGACCUACAGGAGCAAGCGAGUGAUCUAUGACCUGCGGACGAUCGCUGAGGUGGAGGGGGCGGGAGUAAAGGCGGGGAAACACGCGGAGUGGAAGGAGCAGAUCAUCGUACCCCCCUUGCCUCAGUCUGUCCUGGCUGGGUGCAGGCUUAUCGAGAUCGACUACUUCAUCCAGGUUUCUCUGAAGUCACCUGAGGUGGUGGUGACACUGCCCAUCUGGAUUGGGAACAUCGCCAUCAAUCUGAGUCCCUCGCGGCCCGCCCCACCCACCACCCCGGUGCCUCGCUGUCCCCCGCGGCCGGUCUCGCACUCGACGCCCACCGCCAGCCCCGGGGCCGUGAUGCCCAGCGCCCCCCCGGCAGAGGACGACCUGGAGGAGGAGAUGGCCGCGGGGGGUCUGGCCAGCGAGGAGAUCCCGACUAAGAGCCACUCUCAGCAGGACCCCUCAGGCCAGCAGACCACCGUGUCCCCAAACGCCUUCAGCUACGCACCGGGACUCACCUUCCCCCAGAGCCAGCGCUGUGCCGAGGGCCCGGGGCCCCUCUUCUGCGUGUCCACGGGGGCCACCAUCCCGUUCUUCUCCGAGGGCGCCGUGAACCCUGUGCCCACUUCCUGUUCCCUCAUCCUGCCGCCAGAGUACAGCAGUUCACACUACCCGCACGAGCCCCCUCCUAGCUACGAAGAAAGCUGUAGCAGUGACAACUCCAGUUUCAACAGCCGGAGUUAGACUUACAGCUGAAAUGAAAGACAAUAUCGCUUCCAUUCUCUCCCUGCAAGGUCUUACAUCCCCCUACAGGACAGAUGGGGCAUUGCAACCUUUGACUAAAAAGAAUCUUUUUUAAUACUCCUGGAAAAGGAUUGUGGCUUCCUUUCCCCCCCCCCCCCACCCCCUUGUACUUUUCUCCCAUUUGUCCUUUGUCACCGCAAGCAGACAGCGAGAAGAACAUGCACAGAAAUGUAGCUUGGAUGAUAGCAUCUGUGAUGCCUUAAGUCAGGGCUCAGAUUCGGACAUGGAGUCUCUUGGUUUCUCUGUUCUGUUUUCACUCCUGUUGUGACCAAAGCUGGCCUUCUGUGUGUGUGUGUGUUUGAGAAGCGACCUGCACCAAAAAGCGAGCGAGCUUUCCAGGGGAAAGUAAACAAGGCCUCUGAGAAGUGAGACUGUGGGUGACCGUGUGCUCUGGCCACUAGGGGGAGUAUCACCACCACAUGGGGCCACAUGGGGCCUCCCUGGAUUCGUGGUCCAACCACAGGUGCCAUGAGGGUGUGUGGUGAGCCGGGAUGAAUUCAGACCCCCCCCACCCCCUUCACAAGCUCACACCGCAGGAGGGGGGGGUACCAUCUGCUGGGUUUGCUGUAACGCCUUAUCCUUCACCAUUCCCCUGGCAUUCCCCCCCCCCCACCUCUCGUUUCAGUUUUAGAAAGGUCAGAAUUGAUUAACUUGCUGGGUUUUCGUAGUAGCUGACGAAAUUGGAAAGCACAGAGAGCACUUUGGAAAAAUUUAAUACUGUGAGUGAGCUUGUGUGUGUGUGUGUGUGUGUGUGUGUGUGUGUGUGUGUGUGGACAUGCUAGCAUGUUUUUUACUUAUAUUUGGGAUCAUUACUUUAGAAAAGUGGUUAAUCCAUCAUCAAAUCGGACAUUCCUGUCCCAUAACUCUUUCCUGUCGCACGUGCCUAGUGGAUAUCUAUGUGAAUCACUCCCUUUUCGUGCCCCUCUGUUGUUCGUUGAAAUGGUACACCAGUGCUGCUUCGUCACCGUGUCCCAGAAUGACAUGCAGUAACCUUGGGCGUCAGUGAUGAUGAUUCCGUACCACGCCAGAUAUCAACGGGCUUCCACCUGCUCCGGUCUCUGACACCAGCUGGGAUUAGCAUCGCUCAGCCAUUUAAAGAUGCGAAGGUACUCUUUGCCGUGAAAUGGUGCUCUGUCCCUCUCUCGUGCAACACACGACCACAUCGACACUUGUCACCAGUUCAUUUGGGCAGACGUGUAUAUAGAUACGGCAUAAAGAAGACGUGCGUGCCCCCAUGCCAACGUCCUGCUCGUCUCCUUUUCCUGUUUCUUUUUGUAAUAUGUGAAGUCAGCAGAGCCAUGAUGCGCGGGUCCUCGCCGAUUCUCUGCCAUGGUUACGCUGCCGUUUUGCUUCACCGGUAGAUCAGCUUGCAACAUGACUGCUGUUCUUCAUGGACCCCCAACAUUUUGUGAAGAAAUGCCUUAAAAUCCCAUAUGGUUGCAUGUUCCGAGGCCUGCGUUUAGGAUGCGGUGAGCUGUCGUCCUUUCCUGAGAUGGGAUCUCCACUGCUUUUGGCGCGCUAGGCCAGAUCGCCCAAGCGAUGGAGAUGCAUGCCCAUCUAGCUCCCAGUCUUUUUCAAGGUCAGCCACAGAAGGCUCAUUUUGCUACUGCUGUUCUUGUUAAAUAGAAACUACUAACACACUCAUGAUUUUCUAGGCAAAUCUCAUGUGAAAGGCAUUUUACACUUUUAUUCUGUAGUCUUACUGUGUAAAAAUCCCUUUGACCGUGUAUCAUUUUUCAUCUCAGAAUGUUUGAUAGCUUUAUUAAUUUCACCUUGUCAGUUUUUUCUUCAGUUCAUGUAGAUGGUUUGUGGUUUUGUAUUUUAUUUUAUUUUUUUUGCAUAGUGAUAGCUGUUUUCUAUGUGUGACCCGGAUUACUACCCCCCCCCCUAUCCAGACACUGAUUUGUCAAGAGCACCUUAGUGAAUCAAUGUUAAAGCUCAGCAACAAAUUGUUUCAAAUCAAACAUGUAAAUGGUAUUAAUAAAAUUGUUUUAAAAUGUG